AUGGUAUCGCUUCAGGAUACAUCUUCAACCUACUCACUUGAUGAUAUUCAUACGAAACAAACCAGAAAGUCCAUGGAUGAGGCCGAAGACGUGAUGGUGAAACGCGCCCUCGGGCAUGUAGCGUUUUCGCCACUGCCCUCAUUGCAAGCCUCGAGCUUGACGGAUCUACCUGAUUUGAGUCACUGUGACGACAAGGAAUCGAUUGUUCGGUACGUUGAGCUAACCUAA